AUGUGUGCUGAUGCAUAUCGAUGUGUACAUUUGGAGGUAGUGACAUUCGUAAGUACCGAAUGCUUCAUUCAAGCGUUUCGUCGGUUCAUAGCCAGAAGAGGUCGGCCAUCUAUAGUUUACUCAGACAACGGCACAAAUUUUGUCGGUACAUUUGCAUUGCUGAAGAAAGUCAACUGGGUAAAGGUAAUUGCUCAGGAAACUUUGCAUCCCAUCACUUGGAAGUUCAUUUCACCCACUGCUGCUUGGUGGGGAAGAUGGUGGGAGCGUCUAAUCCGCACAGCCAAGAAUUUGAUUGUGAGAGUCUUAGGACAAGCUGCAGUCAAUUACGAAGAGUUACUCACCGUCAUCUGUGAUCUGGAAGCCGUAAUAAACUGUCGACCACUAACUUAUGUGUCAAAUGACUCUAAGGAUCUUCUACAAUUAACGCCUUCCAUGUUCUUACAGGACAUUAAGGUUUCAGGUACAGCAGAUUUGGAUGCUUUAGAUCGAAAUAAACUCUUGGCUCGUCAGCGUUUCUGCCUGGAACUUCGAGAACAAUUUCGUAGCAAGGAGUACCUUGGACAGUUAGUACAAAAGCAUGGACAGACGGACUGUGAAUUAAAAGUUGGAGACAUCGUGCUAAUAGGUUGUGAGAACCUUAAAAGAGUGAACUGGCCAAUUGCUCGUGUCCAAGAACUUUGUACAAGCAGAGAUGGACGUGUAAGAGUUGUAAAAGUGAAAACUAGAAAUGGCAUACUGAUUCGUCCUAUACCUAAACUGUACCCUCUAGAAGUAUGUUCCUGUACUAAGGAUACCAUUAUUUGA